AUGGUGAUUUCUUCACCUCAAAUUAAUCUCCAUCUCACAAGUUGGAUCAAUGCUAAUAAAAGUGAUGUUGUUUUUCAACGUGAUUGUCUUUAUGUUACCCCUUCGACCGAAGCAGAAACUGAUACUUAUCAAAUCAUUUCUUAUUGUUUAACCAAUACAUCAUCAGAAUGGAAUAUUAAAGAAGAUACUCUCGGUCAAAAAUUUAGUUUUGCUGAACUCCAUAAACAAAAUAUCACUAGUCAACAAUUAUACAUUUGGUCAGCACCAAUGGAUGUCGUUGAACGUUACCAAUUGUAUCUAAAUAAACUCUCCACUUCAGCUGAGCAAACAUUCACAGAAUUAACUGUAUUCUAUAAUUGUACAAUACCAAGAUUUGGUCCGUUAUGUCAAUAUUCACUAAUGAAUUAUGACUCUGAUGAUUCAUCAAUAAAUGAAGUUGUAUAUCGCUUCUAUCAAGAUCCCUAUGAGCCGUCUGAUUUGACAUGUUAUACUCAUCUAGAAUGCAAUCGCGGUUCUACAUUAGUAUGUCUUGAUUGGAGUGAAAUUUGUAAUGGACAGAUUGAUUGUCUUAACGAUGGAAUCGACGAAGAAAACUGUUGGCAACUUGAAAUUAACGACUGUGAAGAAAACGAAUAUAGAUGUGAUAAUGGGCAAUGUGUAACAAAAAUAUUUUUGCGCGAUGAUGAACUCACUUUUGAAUGUCUGGAUCGAUCGGACGAAGGACGGGAUUCUUUAGGUAUUAACCAGGAUAUCAUUGGUGAACCAACAUUUUCACAGGAAGAAGUCAUAUGUUUAAUAGAUAGUUCGAUGUCUAGUACAAAAAUAACAAGCUCAUGUGUACUACAACGCUACAGUUUACUGGACGAGAAAUUACACGUAGACACACCACACUCUCUAAACUUCACUUGCUGGUUAGCAUUUAAGUGCCACUAUGGUGUCUCAAUUUCGGCGGACUCAGGUUGCGAUGAAUCCAUUUCUAGUGAGAUAUAUAAACAAAUAAUCAACGAGAGUUGUCCUGAUAUACUAUUUAUACCAGCUGGAACACUUAUUUUUGGUCAUAUAUACCUUGCUUAUAUUAAAAAAUCCAUUGUAGAUACGGGUGCCUUUCGACCUGAUUAUAUAUGUUACAAUGAGCAACUCUGUAGUGGAUUUUAUUCUAACGUAACCGUAUUAAAGUUCAAUAAUAGCACAUGUCGUCGUCCAAAGGAUUUUCCGGUUGUCUAUAUACCACCCAGCGGUGGCUGGAUGCAGUGGCAUGUUAAGACAUUAUAUAGAUAUCUUUACCAAUGCAAUACAAUUAUUUACAAAGAUGCUAGUAUUUGCAAGCAUCCGACUAUGUAUCAAUGUAUUAAUUCUUCAAAAUGUAUUUCAAUUUAUCGUGUUUGUGAUGGACUAAUCGAUUGUGACAAUAAAGACGAUGAGCACUGUCCUUCAAUCAAUGGAACUUGUCCUGCACUUGGAACGCACAAAUUCUUCAGAUGUAUAACAAAGAAUACGUGUAUUUCUUCAAAGCGUUUGGGAGACGGUUUAUGCCAAUGUGGAGAUGAUAAACAUGGUCUUUGUGAGGAUGAAAUUUCAGAUGCAUAUUACAUUAGAACGCGCAUGUCAUUUCCAACGACUUGUGAUGGUUUUACAGAACUGAUACCUGUUGUUUUUGACGGACGAAAUGAAACAGACGAAACUGAAUGUGAAAAUUGGCAAUGUAAUAAUAUUUAUACACGCUGCAAUGGUGUAUGGAAUUGUCUCAAUGGAGCUGACGAACUUGGUUGUGAUUCAUCACAAUCAUUAGCAUGUCCGCUUCAUCAACACGUAUGUAUUUCCUCUAUGACAAAUCAACUCAUAUGUCUGCCUAUCGAAUAUGCUAAUGAUGGUAAUAUUGAUUGUGUUGGUGCUACGGAUGAGCCAAAACUAUGCCGACCAAAUUAUCAUGUGACACGAAUGUAUCAGAAGUUUUACUGCAAGAAUAAUGCCGUUCAUUCUUGUAUAUCGAGUAUCACAUUAUGUAGUAAGAAUAAGCAGUGCAGUCCUAAAGAUGAUGAACAGUUUUGUUGUCAGAAUCAGACUAUUAGUAGACCUCUUGCUAUCUGUGAUUGUAGAAACGAAUCGAUAUAUACCGAUGUUAAGAGAUUUGUUUGCAAGCACUAUGCUGAUGAGAUGCGCCAAUCUUUUUUAUACUUUUCCAUCGACGCAUCUAAACCAUCGGUCAAGCAAUUAACUGUUGAAGAUCAGACAGCACGUUCCCAUCCUGCUUCAAUUACACACGAAUAUGAUAAACGCUGCCAUCGUGGUUUUCCUUUGCUAGUUUGGUUAGAUAACGAUACCAUCGCAAAUACUACAGCAUGUCUUUGUCCACCUAGUUAUUCUGGUGAUCGAUGUCAAUACCAAAAUCAACGAGUUAGUCUUACUUUAAAAUUUCAAACCUUUUCUCAUUCUAGACGAACAUUAUUUGCUCUGAUUGUCUCACUUAUUGAUGAUAGUGACGAACGAAUCAUUCAUUCGUAUGAACAACUUAUUUAUCUUUAUAUUCAACAUUGUCAAACGAAAUUCAAUAUUUAUUUACUUUAUUCAUCUCGACCUAAACUUUCCACAGCGAACUAUUCUAUUCAUAUUGACAUUUAUGAAAAGAUCUCAUUUAUAUAUCGUGGAAGUCUUUUCGUACCGCUUAACUAUCCAUUUUUACCUGUACAUCGUGUUGCUGUUCAACUGACUAUUCCACGUAUUAGUGAUAGCAAAGAAAUUUGUUCAGAUCAGAAGUGUAUCCAUGGUCGAUGCGUCAAAUAUUCAAACAAUGCAAAAGAACCUGGAUUUUGCCUAUGUGAUCGAGAUUGGUCUGGAAAAUAUUGUACCAUUCCAUACACUUGUACGUGUUCAUCUGAUUCAUUAUGUAUUGGAAGAUCAGCAAAUAAUCGAUCUAUAUGUAUUUGUCCUUUGAAUAAACGGGGUUCGUUGUGUCUACUUUCAAGUAAGAUAUGUCACUCUGAUCAAAAUACCACAUGUAAUAAUAAUGGUCAAUGUGUAUCGGUUAAUGAAAAUAUAGCAACGAAUAAGUCAUUCAUUUGUAUGUGUUCAAAAGGUUUUAGUGGAGAACGAUGUGAAGAAAUAGAUAGCAAAAUUAUCAUAUCAUUUCAUAAAGAUAUUAUUUUACCACCAUUGGUACUAGUUCAUUUCAUUCGCGUGUUCCCUGAUGCUCCGCCAGAAAAUGGUUCUACCUUUAAAAUUAUUCCUGUCAAUCAGAACUCCGUUACUGUUCGAUGGUCACAUCCAUUUCAUAUCUCCUUUGUCGAACUAUUUAAUAACAACUAUUAUUUAAUCGCUGUUCAAAAUAUAUACAAUCGAUCAUUUGACAUUUCCAAAACACUCCACCCAUCAGAUCGUUGUAAACAUAUAAGUGAAGUAUUGAGUGAAACUAUAGUCAAAUUUCAUAGACUUCGUCGUAUUAAAUAUUAUCAUGUACCAUGUCGAAAUUAUACACCAUCCUUGUCUUGUUUCUAUGAUGAUAAUUAUUUUUGUCUAUGUAAUGAUUAUGAUCAUCAACGUGUAGCGAACUGUUUCGAAUUUAAUCCUUCAAUUGAACAUGAUUGUUUUGGUCAAAGUAAUUGUGAAAAUGGAGCGCGAUGUUUGCAAGACAACGCAAUUUGUCCACAAACAUCGAUAUGUGUUUGUCCAGCAUGUUUUCACGGAACACAGUGUCAAUUUAGUUCAAGCUCCUUUGGUGUUUCACUUGAUGCUAUUUUAGGUUAUCAUAUUCAACCGCAUAUUACUAUGAAAUUUCAACCAUCUAUUGUCAAAUUCAGUAUAGCUUUGACAACAAUCUUACUUGUAGUUGGUUUGAUCAAUGGUAUUCUUUCCAUUAUUACUUUUAUGAACAAAGAAACACGAAAAGUUGGAUGUGGUUUUUAUCUAUUGGGUACAUCAAUUACUACUCUACUUAUUGUUAUUAUAUUUACAUUGAAAUUUUCCAUACUUAUCAUUGCACAAAUAACAUACAUUACGAAUCAAUCAUUUCUUAAAUUUCAAUGUUAUUCAAUCGAUUUUCUUUUACGAACCUGUCUUAUAAUAGAUCAAUGGUUGAAUGCAUGUGUAGCCAUAGAAAGAGCUUAUACUUUAAUCAAACGAACUAGUUUUGACAAAAAGAAAAGUAUACAAAGAGCUAAAUUUAUUAUUGUUGCUAUUAUUCUAUUGGCUAUCGGUACAACUAUUCAUGAUCCUAUUCAUCGACAUCUCUUAUAUGAAGAUAGUAAUAAUAAUGAUGAUGAUGAUGAUGAUAAUGGACAGCGUAUUUGGUGUAUCGUGACUUAUUCAACUUCUUUGCAGACAUACAAUAUGGUGAUGAAUAUAUUUCAUUUUUUUGCUCCAUUUAUCAUUAAUAUCAUUUCGAGUAUUACUAUUAUUAUUAUGGCUACUCGACAACGAACAACUGUUCAGACUAAUGAACCUUAUAGAAAACUCUUAUAUGAACAAUUGAGAGAGCACAGUCAUCUUUUAAUUGGUCCUAUUAUCUUAGUAAUUCUAGCUUUACCACGUUUAAUCAUUUCUGUCAUUUCAACUUGUAUGAAUUCAGUCAGCGAUUCAUGGCUCUUUCUUAUUGGAUAUUUUAUAUCUUUGUUGCCACCUAUGCUUACUUUCGUAGUGUUUGUUCUCCCAUACAGACUCUAUAAAAAGGAAUUCUACGAAACUGUCAGACGAUAUCGAAAAUCAAUACAAUCACGAUUACGUCCUGCUUUAUAA